GUAAUCCAACUCUUUAAAUUUGGCUGAUACAUAGAGAUAUAAAAUAGUAAUAAUAAUAUUAAUGGAUUUACCGGUGAGGAAAUCGUCGGAGCUACAGGGGCCGCGACCGGCGCCUCUGAAGGUUGGCAAAGACUCCCACACGACCGUCAAGAAACCCCGGCCGGUGAACUCGCCAACGCGGCAGGCCCACCGUCGACCGGUCGUAAUCUACAUCGCCUCGCCCAAGGUCGUCCACGCCACGCCGGCCGAGUUCAGGUCGGUGGUGCAACGCCUCACCGGCCUCUCCGCCUUCUCUUCUUCCAAUUAUUCUUCCGUUUACAGGGCCGGCGGCAGCGGCGGCCAAGCCUUCGGCCCCGCCGAUUGUUUGACUACGCUCAGGAAGGCAGCGGCCAAGCCUUCUACGUCAGAGGAAGUAGUAACUCAAACUGCAGGCGGCGGAAGUGCGACGUUGUUACCGCCGGCGAUUUCGCCGGCGUUGUUGCAUGAAAACAGCAGCUUCUUCUUUGAGAGUGCAAGUAAUAAUAAUCUGUUCUCGAGUGAAGUCGCGCCGUCUCCGGCGGCUAGUUACUGGGAGCAUCUGGAUCUUAACCAGUACCAAGCAUAAUUAUGUUAUUUAGAUUAGUUAUUAGGGUGAUUAAUUGCAUAUGAAAGUAAUGGGAGUUGUUUGUUUAUUUUUUAAAAAAUCAAUGUUAAAUAUUCAUUUUA